GAUUAUGUCGCUUUCGAGUUGAUAGACGGUCAUUUACAUAUGAUCAUUAACCUUGGCAGCGGUGCCGUAAGAUUACAGACAACUGCUCGUCGUGUGGCAGAUGGUAACGGUUGGCACUCAGUCCAUCUGGAGCGAGUUGGUCGCACUGGAAGCGUCAUUGUAGACAGUAUGAAGACUGACUUCAGCACGCCUGGCGUCUCAUCGAAUCUUAUCGUCGAUGAUCCUAUCUAUCUUGGCUGGGUGCCAAACACUACAGUAUCCUAUCCGUCUACAAUAUGGUCGAUUUCAUUGCGGAAAGGAUUUGUUGGCUGUAUCAAGAACCUUCGUGUCAAUGGCAUUAGCGCAAGAAUUGCGACUGUAUUUGAGAAAUCUAAUACCACUGGAAUUUCAAUAGGCUGCCCACCUCCGCCAACCGAAAAUCCUUGCACCAACAACCCAUGUCAUAACUUUGGACGUUGCGAGCCUUUCCAAAACACAUUCAGUUGUGAUUGUGCCGAAACCAAUAAAGAGGGUCCAACAUGUAAUAUUGAGCCAACUGUGGUUGAAUUAACCGGUGAGCGCUUUUUGCAUAUACUACCGUAUACGCUAGAAUCAGAAGCGGAGACCAUUGAAAUCAGAUUCAGGUAG